GCUAAAGCUCGAGUGUGAAGACCAUCCUAGUUCUUUUAGGGAUGCUGGCGGUAAGAUUGAGGUGGCUCGUGAUCUUGGCGCUAUGGCUCGACCAGGUAAACGCAAUGCAUUUCUUAGCUCCAAUCGUGGCUGUGGUUCCCUGAAAAUGAUAGGCCGCUUCCAUAGCGACCCCAAAUUUUACACUCUACUACCCGAGGUUCUCUCAACUCGAGUGAAAGAUGAAUGUGGUUUUUGUGGUUAUCGUCUUGCUUGCAGUGAUGCGCUCUUGAGAGAACUGGAUGCUUUGGUGGCUCGCCAUCCUUCGACAAUGAGUUUGGAGGGGAUCCAAGCGGAUGCCUCCGACGGCUACAAAGCAGAGAUUCGAGUUGUCACAGUGGCUGGCAGCGUUCAAGCAUCGUCUUUCGACGAUCGUGUGCGCAUCUUUCUAAAUUUUGGUCAGCAUGGAAGGGAGCUGAUCACGUCGGAGGUUGCACUGCGGCUGCUGCGAAUUUUGAGCAGGGAGGACAAAUCUGCAAGUAAGAAACAUAUAGAUCGCAUUCUUUCCAGAACUGUGUUCAAGAUUGUCCCGAUGGAAAAUGUUAAUGGACGGCAAAUUGUGGAGAACGGAAGCCUCUGCGAAAGAAGAAACGGCAGGGGUGUUGAUACAAAUCGAAACUGGAAAGUGAACUGGGGAGUGAAAGAAAAGGAUUACGACCCAACCGAGGAGUUCCCGGGAACAGCUCCAUUUAGCGAGCCAGAAACACGGAUACUUCGAGACAUUGCUCUGCGUUUUAAGCCUCAUCUCUGGGUGAACGUUCACUCGGGGAUGCAGGCUUUGUUCAUGCCUUACGAUCAUAAGAACGCGACCCCGGGCUAUCAGGCAGCUGCAAGAAUGAGCUUCUUGUUGCAAACUCUAAACGCUCUACAUUGCAACGGGAACUGCACAGUGGGCUCUGGAGGUGGUGCAGUCGGAUACUUGGCACACGGAACUGCGACUGACUACAUGUACGAUGUAUUGAAAGUGCCAAGCGCAUUCACGUUUGAGAUUUACGGGGACGUGCAUGCCAACCGCGACGAUUGUUUUAGAAUGUUCAAUCCCACAACACCAGGCGCGUUUGAGAGCGUCGUCACGAGAUGGUCUCUAGCAUUCGUGACACUCGCGUUUAAUCUCAGCAGCAUGCCAAGCAAGGCCCUUGGAAGAAGCCGCAAGGUCGGAAGAACUCUGUGGGAUUCCACCAGAGAUGACGCGCAGAAUCCGAUUGUGUCAAGGGAGCUCCGCUUCUAUUUACUUGCAACUGGCCUCAUCCUGUGCUGCGUUUGUUACAAGCUAGUUAGUCGUCUGUGCCAUUGCAGCCCGCUUAAAUCACUAACCUGAUACCAAUUCUUCGCAAA